AUGGCGAAGAGCAAAAACCAGUCCCAGCGUUCCCGCGCAGCAAGAAGGGCAGCAUCUCCGAGUCUCGACCUUGACAAGUCGGUGACUUCGCUGCCCCGAGUUGAAUCUCCUAACACACGGCCUUCGAUUCUGGCUGACCGCAGCGCCGGUGUCCAGAAGAAGAAUAAAAAUGACAAGGCUUCAAGGAAUCAGCGGUUACGGCAUCAAAAGGGAAUGGAGCGAGCUGAGGCCGUGAUGGAUCAAUUGGAAAUCAAAAAGGCUAAAAGUGUGGCUCGCGGCAAGACCGUGAACUCCCGAAGAGCUGAUUGGGAAGAUAUGAACCGCAAAACCUUCGCGUUCACCGCCCUUCAACAAGAUGACGAUGACGAGGAUGACGAGGAUGACGAUGCGAUGGCCGAAGAUUCUGCAACUUCCAAGAUUGAAGUCGCAAAGAACAUCUUCCAAAUUCCAACGGAGGACUCCAAUCCCGUAACGGACGAUUCCAAUUUCGCAACGGACAACACUGCGGCUAUUAAUGAAAUCGACGAGAUCACCUGA